AGCCUUUUUCAAGCUAAUCAUAAAAAUUCUUCUCUCUCUCUCUCUCUCUCUCUAAAAAUUCUCACUUUCGCGAUCGAUCUCGAUCCAAAUUAGGGCUAGGUUCGUUUUAUCGCCUCAAUCCUCUGGAGAUUGAAGCUCGUUGGGAUCUGAUUUGUUCCUCGUUCGAUCGAUUAGCGUUAGGGUUAGGGUUUGGAAUUUGGGGAUGGCGCAAGCUGUGGAGGAGUGGUACAAGCAGAUGCCGAUCAUCACUCGGUCGUACCUCACCGCGGCUGUUAUCACCACCGUCGGAUGCUCCCUUGAGAUUAUAUCACCGUAUCAGUUGUACCUGAAUCCAAAACUUGUAGUUCAGCAGUGGGAGAUAUGGCGCCUCAUAACAAACUUCUUGUACUUUCGGAGAAUGGACCUGGACUUCUUAUUCCACAUGUUUUUCCUUGCUCGAUACUGCAAGCUUCUUGAGGAGAACUCAUUCAGAGGACGGACUGCAGAUUUCUUUUACAUGCUUUUAUUUGGUGCCACUACUUUGACUGGAAUUGUUCUCUUAGAUUCCAUCUAA